AUGGGCCACGAGAACGGGCGAUCAUUUGCUAACCUCAAAGAUGUCAUUGUGGGCGAACAGCCCAAGGAGACCCGUGAGGAGAUCCCCGUAGGGGAUGAUAUCGAAGCCCGUCCGCCUCCUGUGGCCCUCGAGACUCCCGAGGCCCCCACACCCUCCACCACCCAAAAGAAGAAGAAGAAGAAGAAGAAGAAGAAGAAGAAGAAGAAGAAGAAGAAGAAGAAGAAGAAGAAGAAGAAGAGGCCAAGCUCCGCAAAAUUGGCCAGCGUCAGUACAGUCACGCGCAACUUCGCCCACGGCAUGAAAGAGGGCUUGAUAACCCAGCCACCGGCUGGGAUGGCUGGCUCGGUAUGCUGA